AUGCAUUCUAAAAGCCCAAGUCUAUCACCAAAGCCCAGUUUCUCACACACCCUGACGCUACAUAUAGCGAGCUAGCUAGGGUUUAAUACAUUUUCAUCUGCCUUCGCCGCACAGCCUCAAGCGCACACUACUCAGGUAAGAAGAAUGUCUCACAGGAAGUUUGAGCAUCCCAGGCACGGUUCUCUUGGGUUUCUCCCCAGGAAGCGUGCUGCUCGCCACAGAGGCAAAGUGAAGGCGUUCCCCAAGGAUGACCCAACUAAGCCGUGCAAGCUUACUGCAUUUUUGGGUUACAAGGCUGGGAUGACCCAUAUUGUCAGAGAGGUCGAGAAACCUGGAUCAAAGCUUCACAAGAAGGAAACCUGUGAGGCUGUGACCAUCAUUGAAACUCCUCCAAUGGUGAUUGUUGGUGUGGUGGCUUAUGUGAAGACUCCUCGUGGCCUUCGCUCGUUGAACACUGUGUGGGCUCAGCAUCUGAGUGAGGACAUCAAGAGGAGGUUUUACAAGAACUGGUGCAAAUCAAAGAAGAAGGCUUUCACCAGGUACUCGAGGAAGUAUGAGAGUGAUGAAGGAAAGAAGGAUAUCCAAUCUCAGCUGGAGAAAAUGAAGAAGUAUGGAACUGUUAUCAGGGUUCUUGCUCACACCCAGAUCAGGAAAAUGAAAGGCUUGAAACAGAAGAAAGCACACUUGAUGGAGAUUCAAGUUAAUGGUGGGACUAUUGCUCAGAAAGUGGAUUUUGCUUAUGGGUUCUUUGAGAAGCAGGUACCUAUUGAUGCUGUUUUCCAGAAGGAUGAAAUGAUUGACAUCAUUGGUGUCACAAAGGGUAAAGGUUAUGAGGGUGUUGUUACUCGUUGGGGUGUCACUCGUCUUCCCCGCAAAACUCAUAGGGGUCUGAGAAAGGUUGCUUGUAUUGGUGCCUGGCAUCCAGCCCGUGUUUCAUACACUGUUGCUAGGGCUGGUCAGAAUGGUUAUCACCACAGAACAGAAAUGAACAAGAAGAUUUACAAGCUUGGAAAGACUGGACAGGAGAACCACACUGCCAUUACUGAGUUUGACAGGACUGAAAAAGAUAUUACUCCUAUGGGUGGCUUCCCUCAUUAUGGUGAGGUGAAGGAUGACUAUCUGCUGAUCAAGGGAUGCUGUGUUGGACCAAAGAAAAGGGUUGUCACCCUACGUCAGUCUCUGCUGACCCAGACAUCCCGAUUGGCAAUGGAGGAGAUCAAGCUCAAGUUUAUUGACACAUCUUCUAAGUUUGGACAUGGUCGCUUCCAGACUAGCGAGGAGAAGCAGAAGUUCUAUGGACGUCUCAAGGCUUGAUCAUAUCAUUGGUGACCGAGUUCUGAUGCUUUUAGUUAUUUUCCAUGCUUAUUUGAGUACUUUAAAUGUUAAAGUUUUGAGUACAAUAGAAUCAAUGUUUGUUUUGUUGAGAUUUUUAUAUUGGGAUCAGUUUUUGAAAUUGUGGUACUUGCUGGCUGCUGGACCUUUGCUUUUAUCAAUUGCUAGAUCUUUUCCAAAUAA